AUGUAUUUCGUGAUCAAGGGCCACUUGAACAUGCACAGUCGGCUGGUAUUGGACCGCCCGGUUGGUCUUCGCAGUGGUGGAUACUUUGGAGAGCGCGGACUUCUAGGCUGCAGUGUCAGUGCCUACACUGUGCACACCGUUCGCGCCUGUGACCUCCUUUCUCUAAGCUCCGAGGCUUUUGCUCAGGUGCUUCAAGAACACCCUUUUUCCCGCCUGGCACUCAAAGUUUGCGACUGUGCCUACAAGUAUCUCAAGGGCCAGCAUCUCGCGUCGUGCUCGCGGAAUGACAUGGAGGAGCACUGGGGAGAGGCCCUUUUGCUGGCUCUUCAAGCGGUGCGGACCAAAACCCAGCCAGCUCCGGUUUCUAGCCCUGCAUUGACUGAGAAGCCUGUGGAAGUGACGGCCUCGAGCACGGAAGUUACGGCGAUAUCUUCAUUUCAGACCGAGACCGCCGCUCCUCCUGACGACACUGCAGCAAGGUCUACGCGCUCGUUUCAACGCAUCAGCAGCAUGAAGCACCCAGUAAUUGAUGAAAACGCUCCAGCCGUCGUCCAUAGUACCCAUUCCGAGUUUGAAGACCUGGCCGCUCACUUGAGCACGAUGUCCAAGGCCUUGGAUACAGCCCACGGGUGCUUUGAGGCGUUCGCCCCCCUGCUUGAUAUCAUGCUCUCGACCGAUCCGCUAGAAUGGAACGCGAGCUUCAAUGCGCCCAGUGUCCCCAGCCCAGCAAAUGAAAUCGAAUCGAGCGGCCAGACAACGUAUUCACGCUGGAAUUCGCCCUUCACAAGUGCACAAUGA